CGAGAGCCACAGCGCCCAGCUCCAUUUUAACCAUUUCUAAACGUCCAGUUCGAAGGCGUUCCCGCGCUGGGCAGGGUAGGCGCAGUGCGCAGGCGCCCAAAUCCUGCUUGGAGGUGAUGCGCGUGAGCACAGAGCCGGGGCAGUGCGCUGCGCAGGCGCGCGCGGCGAGGCCGGGUGGGCGCCGGGUGACGUCACGGCGUGCGACGCGAAGGCGGGGUCGGGCCUGGGUCCGAAGGUAGUGGGUACAGAGGGUCCGGGGUUGCGGGUCGCGGGCCGCAGGCCCCAGGCAACUGCUUCCCGGGCGCCAUGUUCGGUUCCAGUCGCGGAGGCGUGCGCGGCGGGCAGGACCAGUUCAACUGGGAGGACGUGAAGACUGACAAGCAGCGGGAGAACUACCUGGGCAACUCGCUGAUGGCGCCCGUAGGCCGCUGGCAGAAGGGCCGCGACCUCACCUGGUACGCCAAGGGCCGGGCGCCGUGCGCGGGCCCGAGCCGCGAAGAGGAAUUGGCAGCAGUGCGGGAGGCGGAGCGGGAGGCGCUGCUGGCCGCCCUUGGCUACAAGAACGUGAAGAAGCAGCCCACGGGCCUGAGCAAGGAGGACUUCGCGGAGGUCUGCAAGCGGGAAGGAGGCGACCCCGAGGAGAAGGGCGUGGACCGGCUACUGGGGCUGGGGAGCGCCAGUGGCUCCGUGGGCCGCGUGGCGAUGUCCCGAGAGGACAAGGAAGCCGCCAAACUGGGGCUGUCUGUGUUCACGCAUCACCGCAUAGAGAGCGGCGGGCCCGGGACCUCGGCAACCUCGGCCAGGAGGAAGCCGCGGGCGGAGGAUCAGACGGAAAGCAGCUCUGAGAGCCACAGGAAAAGCAAGAAGGAGAAGAAGAAAAAGAAAAAGAAGAAACACAAGAAAGAGAAGAAGAAGAAAGACAAAGAACACAGGCAGCCAGCUGAGGCCGCCUCCUUUCCCACAUCUCCUGAGAGGCCCAGGCACCACCACAACUCCUAUUCCAACUCCCCCUGUUGUAAGAGGAGGAGGCAGGGACACAGUGGGGACAGGAUAAGCCCGUCUCGCAGGUGGCAUGACAGAGGCUCUGAGGCCUGAUGGCUGGACUGUGCUCACUGCUAUUGUGGGACCCUGAACUCUCCCUUUGCCUUGCUUGCCUCCUGCCUUGGAAGCCCCUCGUGUGUGGGUGAAGCCCGGGGCUGCUCCUGUGGAAGUGGCUCUGGGCACCAGCCUGUGGGGCUAAAGGCUGGACAGCUAGCUCUGGAAAACCUCCAGGUUUCACAUAGCGGGGAUGGUCCCUGGCUUGCCCUGCAAAGGUGAACCUGCCCAGAGGUACCAGUAGAAGCUGGACUCCCUCUGCCAGUAGACAGCAGCCAUGGGCCUAUGAGCGGUCUAACUGUGGCCAAGUAUGGUGACUUCUAUUUUUCCUUAUAUUGACUCUUUAUAUUUCAAUAAAUAUAUUUUAAAAGGAAGGU